GCACCGGGCCGCCUCCACGGCGGGGAUGCGCCGGGGCCCACCGCAGCGACCAGGCGCGGCGCGCAGGGACUCCCCGGCCGCGGGUCUGCAGCUGGACGCCGGCCCACGCGGGCCAGGGUCGUACAGACGGGCGGGGCCCGGCGCUCUGAUGGCCACUGCGCAGCCGCGGCCCAGCCCACCGACGCGCCCGCGGGGAUUGGGGCUGAUCCUGUCUGAUGGCAACUGCGCAGGCGUGGCCCCGCCCACCGGCUCGCCGGCGAGGGGUUGGGCGUGUCCCAGGGCCCCAUUGGCUACUGCGCAGGCGGGCAGUGCGCAGGCUCGGUGGCGGAGGCCUGACCCUGUGACCCCCGCUGUCCUCACCGCUAUGGCGGCAGCCAGGGCCUUGGGGUUGUCGAGACUGGCCGCGGCCUCCGCGCCGCUCUCCGGCCGCCUCCGGCCGCAUCCCCCCAGGGGUCGGACGCCCUUGCCGCGCGCCGCCCUUCACGGCUCCGCGCCGCGACCCGCAGCCAGGGUCGCACUGGUGCUGUCUGGAUGCGGCGUCUACGACGGGACCGAAAUCCACGAGGCCUCGGCGAUACUGGUACACCUGAGCCGUGGCGGGGCUGAGGUCCAGAUCUUUGCUCCUGACGUCCCUCAGAUGCACGUGAUCGACCACACCAAGGGGCAGCCUUCUGAGAGCGAGACCAGGAACGUUCUGACCGAGUCGGCCAGGAUCGCCCGGGGCAAGAUCGCAGAUCUGGCCACGCUCAGCGCAGCCAACCACGAUGCCGCCAUCUUUCCCGGAGGCUUUGGAGCUGCCAAAAACCUGAGCACGUUUGCUGUGGACGGGAAAGAUUGCCGAGUUAACAGAGACGUCGAGCGUGUCCUGAAGGAGUUCCACGCAGCCAGGAAGCCCGUCGGCUUGUGCUGCAUUGCACCUGUCCUCGCGGCCAAAGUGCUCAGAGGCGUAGAGGUCACCGUGGGCCACGAGCAGGAGGAGGGUGGCAAGUGGCCCUACGCUGGGACCGCUGAGGCCAUCAAGGCCCUGGGCGCCAAGCACUGUGUCAAGGGAGUGGCCGAAGCUCACGUGGACCUGAAGAACAAGGUGGUCACAACCCCGGCCUUCAUGUGCGAGACCGCCCUCCACCACAUCUACGAUGGCAUCGGGGCCAUGGUGAAGAAGGUGCUGGAACUCACUGGAAAGUAAUGCAGACAGCAGGGCCCCGCUCAGGGCUGUGGGCCCAACCCCCACCCACCUGGCCUUGAGCUGGAGGCCCAAUCUCCGUCCAGCUGGGAACAUGGCAGGACUUCACUUUUCUACCUAAGCAGGGGGUGUGGGUACGUGGGGUGGCCUGAGACACCGUCCUUGACUCGGCUUCCCCGCGCGGAGGCCCAGGCGGCCGAUGGCUUGGUCUGAGCCGCGUGACUGCCUGGCUGCGCAUCUCCUGGGAAUGUACGUCCGAGCUGCCUUGCCGGGACGAGAAUCAGCAGAGAAACGCUGUUCUGCAGGCGUAGGGUGAUGGUUCAAGUUAUUCAGUUUUUGGAAGAAAAAAAAUUUUAAAUUUACAAGUCUAAUCAGGAAACCAGAGAUACCACGUUUCUAGACAAAGGUUGAUUCUGUAUCUGGGGUAAGCUCGUGCUCAUUAAAGUGAGGGGCUCUCUGUCGCAGCCAGUCCUUUUAGCCAUGGAGAACAUGCUGCUUCCAGCCGGCACUUCCAGCAGCUGCGUGUUCGGCUUGGAACCGCCGGGUGCGGAGUGUAAACGGGGUUCCUAGGUUAGUUGCGGUCCCCUGGGUUCUCAGGAGGAAGGGGGCUGCCGGCGCUUAGCAUCUGUAACCGACCUGCCGGAUACCGACGGCAGAGGUCACAGGCCGUGGAGAAGAUGUGUGGAAAGGAAAAAUAAACUACAUGACGUAG